AUGGACUCCCUCGAACGCUCAAAGGACAAGAUGCCGAAGCGGUUCGAGAAGAAGGCCCGCAAGAUCAUGGAAAAAAUCGAUAAAGUUUCCAUGGAUGCCCUCUCCGAACUCCAGGGCAACCUUUACCCGGGAAUUGACGAACAGACCAAGCAGGAGUUGGRGCGCCAAUACCAAGAGGUUGUCGAUCAGGCCGUUAACAAAGGCCGCGCCAAACUCGUUAGUUGGCUCAACAAGAAAAUUGCAACGAAGCGCUCGAAGAGAAUGAUUGCGAUUGAGCAAAAGUCUCAAAACAAAUCCCACCGCGGCAUGGAGUACAUCGGCGACAUUUUGGAAAAGAAGCGUCAGAGCUUGAAGAGCAACACCACAGCAUUCGAUGGGGACGAGACUACUGUCUCUACCGACCCCGAUCUACAGGACUCUGAUAGAGAAAUGGAGGACGCCGAGACGGAUGAGAAAGGCUCGGAAUCUAAGGGAGAUGACAGAACUGAGUACCGCAAGGGCCUUGGCGAAGAAGACGGCUCGGAGAUUGGGGUAGACGAGAACGCACCCAAGUCUCCCGAAGUCUUCGCUCGCAAGGAGAGAUCGGGCGUUGCUAGUAAUCACAAUAUGGACUUAUAUCKUGGUACGAGCUCGUUCCGUCGGGCUUAUAGGGCUGCUACCUUCUACACGACAUUAACCAAACCAAGCAUAGACGAGCGGAGAGCCUCUAGUAAGGUAGUAGAUCUAAAGCCUAUUCCGAUCCGGAGCGAGGAGGACGCGAUUAAGCCCCUUAGAGGGGGACGCCGCGUAGGUAGCGAUAUGUUUAAUACCGGCACCUAA